UUUUGUUUUUGUUGAUCAUAGAAUGUUAAUAUUACUUUCUUUUGUUGUCUCCAGCACAAAUCUCUUUACAUAGCCUCCGACUCUGCAGUGCAACAGAUCAGUUUAGUAAUGUGUCGAAGUCGUCAUCCCAACUGUCUUCAAUGUGUCCGAGAUCCGUACUGUGGUUGGGACAAAGAUCUAAACCUGUGUAAACCCUACGUUCGAGGGUUACUUCAGGACGUCACUCGUGCAACCAAGAACGUUUGUUUCAACCGGGAGAGGAAAAAAUCACUUGAGGUCCACUGGGGUCAGAGUGUUCAUCUUUCGUGUCCAAUACGCCAAUGUCAGCAGGAGGUAUUAGGCUUAGGACCAGUAGAAUGGUACCACUACAAGCAGGACAAAGGAAAGUAUCAGAUCAUGCCCCAAAAAAAGACAUACAUUCAUUCAUCUGAUCUUGGGCUAGUCAUCAUGUCCAUUAGCGAGGACCAGAUAGGCCAAUAUUAUUGUAUAGUGGAUGGCACAAAGCUAUUUAGCUACAACAUCACCAUUGCUUCAAAGUCCUGUAAUUCACCCUCACAGUACGAAUAUAAGAAAAUAUAUUCUGAUUGGUGCAAUGAAUUUGAAAAAUAUAAAACAACGAUGAAAUUAUGGCAGAGAAACCAAGUGAAAUGCCAGAAUCCACAUCCAAAUGAUGUUACUUACCAUGCAGAUCCACCAAAUCUAUGAAAGAACCCAGACAAGUAAUUUAUCACUAACGUAACAAUUUCAAUAGAUCUCAGUGCCGACAAGGAAAGACUUCUUUAUAUGUUGCUGAGUCUAGUGAAACUGAAGACAAACUGUCAAAGUGGUGUCAGUCAGACCAACGAUGGACAGAUCAACGAACGUACAAGAUCCAGCCAGUCUAUGUGCCAACAUGUCGGUCACAAAUAUAUAUACACCUAUACUUACAAGAAGUUUAUCUGUAGUUAUUUAUAAUUGUUUCAAAUCAUGUCUAACUUUACUUUCCCUAUGACUAAUUAUUUUGUACACAUUCAUUACCUUACUCAGGACUAAAGGCAAAGUAUAGAACUCUAAAAGUUUUUCAGCCACCAACAUUCAUGUUCUAUUCCAACUUCACAGUAGAAGAUGGUAACACACUCAUCUUCUGGUUAAGAACUGGUUUUCUUAUCUAAAUAGCAAGUGAUUCUAAGUUGGAGUUCUUCCUGGGAAUGGAGGAUGACGCGGAACAAACUGGAGGUAGACAUAACAUUACAUUCAAUUAGACAUUGGUUGGUAAUACUACUGAUAUUGUACGUUUUAGAUUUAGAGUGUUCUUUUAAUCAACUGCAGCCAGUUGGUCCAGUGUCUCCCUGGUUGCACCUUGGGCACACAAACUCCUAUAUCACUAGUGAAGAAUUUAAUGGGUGUUGUUUGUCUUUAAAAGUUGAAUAACCUCUUUAAACUAUACUCUGGUUAAUGACACACUUUAAUUGAACUUGUGGAUACAGCUGUGUGAUAAUCUUCUUAAACAACAUAUACGAUAUUUAGUUCAUUCUAGUUAGAAUGACAAUGGAAAACAAUUAAUUUUAAGCAUUUGUUUAAUGGUUUUAAUUUCCUGAUAUUUUAAAUAUACUUUACUUUUAAAAGAUUAAAGAUUAAACUGUGAAUAAAGUCUAGUGAAAGUGGAUAUACUAUUGUGGUAAUUACAUCCUGAACAUCUGAGAAUAUGUUUACCAUUUUAAAAACAGGAGAAAAUUGUUAACCAACUCAAUAUUGUUAUACACUGCAAAAGUGCCAACGUACUUCCUGUAAUACACGUGAUUAAAACAUAAAGGACAGGAUGGUCACCAAACUUUUUCAUGAAACCAGGGUAUAGUUUAAAAAGGCUAAAUACUUCACUAGUGAUGUAGGAGAUCAUGUGGACCAACCAGGAUGUUAGAAUCACUUGCUAUUUAGAUAAGAAAACCAGUUCUUAACCAGAAGAUGAGUGUGUAACCAUCUUUAAAUGUGCUAUGUCUACAACGAAAGACAACAACAACAACCACUUUAUACCUGACCUUACUAAAGAUGAGCAACCUGAAUAUAACCAUAUAACAAAGUUGAAAUAGGUAGGAACUGCCUUUCGACUUUUGUUUGUUCAUCAUGAACACUGCCUGAAUAAUCUUUAUACAAGUUUAAUGAUUGCAUGAGAACUAGAACCAAAUUAAAGUAUGAAAAUCUUCACAUUUCAACAGUUUGACCACAUCCAAGGUUAAUAACUGUUUCCUUCAUCAUGAAGUCAAAAAACAACUAAAUUAACCCGGAUAACACGAGACUGAGCCACCAGAAAGAAAUCCUGUGCAGAAGGACGUGUGAAAUGGAUGGAAGUAGAAAAGAUAUUCUUAAACCUCGACUAGAUGCGUGACUCAGGUUGCCGAUAUGCAAUGUAACGUCCUACGUCAGAAGCUCAGUUAAUUCUUCAGGACAAAAAGAAUUGUUCAGUAUUAGUCAUGUGUAAAAUAAAAGUAUGAUUGUGAGAAGUA